AUGGCAAGCACCGAAGUCCGACCUUUGAAUGUCAUCGUCGUCGGUGCCGGGAUUGGAGGUCUGGCAGUCGCGGCGGCGCUGAGAAAAGCUGGCCACAUUGUUGAUGUCUAUGAGUCGUCCGAAAUCAAGACUGAAAUCGGUGCCGGAGUUGGAAUGCAAACAAACGCUGUCCGUGUUCUCAAGUUUCUCGGUUUCAAGCGGGAGAAUCUCAAAGGCAGCGUUUUCGAUUGGAUGACGAUUCACAAUGCUGAGACAGCGGAGUCCAAUCAACACCCAACACGAAACUGGGAAGCCCUCAAGAACGAAGGCAUCGAGAACUUAUCUUGUCAUCGAAGCGACCUUCAUGCCGAGCUUCGUCGACUUGCCACCGAGGAAGGUCGUUUGAAUGGCCCUCCUGCGAGACUGCAUCUCGGGAAUAAGGUCGUCAGCUGUGAUGCAAACGCCGCAAGUAUCACUCUUUCAGGUGGUCAAACAGUGGCCUCAGAUGUUGUCAUCGGGGCUGACGGCGUCCAUUCAAUUGUCCGAACAAGUGUGAUAGGUCAAGACGUCCAGGCAGUACCGACUGGGUGGGCGUGUUAUCGCUGCCUAUUCGAUGCGUCAAAAAUCGAGGAGCAUCCGGAAGAUAACUGGGCCAUCAAUAAUCUGAAUAAUGUCCGAUUAGAGGGCUCUCAACUUUCGGAGUAUAUAAUCUACGGUGUUCGGGACAAGACGCUCGUGAACUUUGUCGCAUUCCACACUGAUCCAGAACGGGACCCAAAGUCACCCAUAGCUCAACCCGUGUCGAAGGAAGCUGUUUUAGAGCGAUACCCUGCAUUCCACGCAAAAUUCCUUCGCUUAUUUGACCUUCCGCUCACUACUCCAAUCAUCCGAUGGCAACUUCGGGCCAUGCCGCUUCUUCAGACCUGGGUCAAAGGACGCACAGUCAUCAUGGGAGAUGCUGCACAUGCUACAUUGCCUUUGCUUGCGCAGGGCGCCGCUAUGGCCAUCGAAGAAGCCGGCUGCCUCGGCAUCCUCUUCCCCUCGGGUACAACUCCAGCGCAAGUGCCAGAAAGACUGGCCGCAUUCGAAACCCUUCGUAAAGAGCGCGGCGACUGGGUCAACCAACAGUCUGUCGCGCAGGCUGACCCGGAGAACCGUGUCCAGUUCACAAAAAACGCAGACUUCCGGGCAUAUUUGACCGACUUUGACGCGAUCAAGGCGAGUCAGGACUACUUCGAUACACAUUUUGGUCCCAGAGCCAGUCCAGUUUAG